AUGUCUGCAAACGAGAAGGAGGUUAUCGAGAAAGGCGCCCAAACUAUUCUUCAUGAAGAGGAUGUUCUCGACAAGGAGAUUGCAGCUCUCAACACGAUCGAAGAUACACAGACCUCAAGGGUCGUAUGGUUGAUCGCAAUCUGCGUCUCUGUUGGCGGCUUCCUGUUCGGAUAUGACACCGGGUAUAUCUCUAGUGUCCUUGUCACAAUUGGGGAUGACCUGGGGCACACUUUAUCAUCGAGCGAGCAGGAACUCAUCACAUCAAUCACCAGUGGAGGAGCGCUUAUUGGCGCAAUAUUUGCUGGCUUGACCGCUGACCGCUAUGGCCGCAAGAUUUCCAUAUAUUGUGGUUGUGGGGUCUUUGCCGUUGGCUCCAUUCUUCAAGCAGCAGCUUUUACCGUCGCUCAAAUGACUGUAGGGAGAUUUGUUGUUGGGCUAGGUGUCGGUGACGCGGCAAUGGUUGUGCCACUCUACAUAUCCGAAAUUGCUCCUGCCAAGUAUCGUGGCCGCAUGAUCACGAUGCAAACCUGUAACAUCACCGGAGGACAGUUCAUCGCAUACUGCAUCGGAGCCGGAUUCGCAGAGGUCAAGUCUUCUGGCUGGCGAUAUGUUGUGGCUAUAGGAGCAAUUCCCGCCAUCGUGCUCGCUCUGUUCCUGCCUUGGUGCCCGGAAAGCACUCGGCAGCUGGUGGCGCACGGGAAGCUCGAGCAGGCCGAUGCCGUGCUGGCCAAGUUGUAUCCUCAUUCUUCCUCAGAACAGCGUCAGGACAAGAUUCGAGCCAUACAGCAAGAUCUGGAGCAAGCCACCGAGCUGAUGGCCCACAAGUCCCUCUGGUGGUCAUACAAACAGCUGCACAUCGUCCCUGCCAACUUCCGUGCCAUGCUUACAGCGUGCUGCGUGAUGGGAGUAAGCCAACUCUGCGGGUUCAACACGCUGAUGUACUACAGCGGCACUCUGUUUGCCCUUGUCGGCUUCAAUAAACCUGUCGCCGUGUCAAUUGUGGUCGGAGCUUGCAACUUUCUGGGAUGCUGUAUCAAUCUAGUCAUCGUCGACCGCUUUGGCCGUCGGAGGAUCCUCAUCGUCACCGUGCUGGGCAUGUCUCUCAGUCUGGUGCUUGCAGCUGUUGCCUUUCACUACAUUCCCAUUAACUCUAAGGACCUUACACUUGAGAUCAACAACGUAAAUUGGGCUGGUAUCCUGGUACUGGUCACAAUCAUCUUUUAUGUGGGCUUCUUCGGUACUGGUGUUGCCCCUGUUUCCUGGAUGGGAGCAGAGCGUCUUCCGCUUGAGGUGCGUGCCAUGGGCACCAUGGUCAUGACGGUUACCUGCUGGGGGACGAAUAUCAUCAUUGCCUCGACCUUUCUAUCGAUGAUGAAAGGAUUAACCCCGAGCGGAGCGUUCGGAUUCUAUGCUGCCAUCUGUUUCCUAGGGUUCUUGUUCGCGGUCUUCUGCUUUGCAGAAACCAAAGGCAUGUCUCUGGAAGAAAUUCGAGAGGUAUUCAACCACGGUUUCGGUGUUGAUUAUGCACGAAAAUGGCAGAAGCAGCAUUCCUUGGAGGUCAAGAGAGCAGUCUCGUCUGCUUAG